UGACUUACAGCGCAUUCUAGUGGACACAGUCGUGUAAUACAUAUCCCUGUUAACGUCGUUACUAUGGCAACCAGUUGUAAACAGACCGUAGCUUGCUAGCUUUUCCAGCACCAUUUUACCUCAGUUAAAAUAGCAGGUAGUUUUUGUCCGUAGAAAUGUCUGAAACUAACACGGAAAGGGUCAUUAAAAGCAUUAUUCGCGAAAUAGUGCAGGAGUGUGCCGUGAGAGGACAUGCGGUGUCGGACGCUUUGGUCACUUUCAUGGUGAAAGCUGUUGUGCUGGACCCAAGAAAUUCUUUUAAUGUUGAUCGGACGCUGACCAAACAAGACGUGCAAAAACUUAUAGAGCUGUGUUUGGAUAAACUUACAGAGGAGUGCAGUCCAUCCCUUGACACAAUCAAAAUGCAAGUGUAUUUUGAUAUGAUUUACACCUCCCGACGUGAGCUUCUUGAGGAAAUCCACCAGAUGGUGGCGUCCAGGCUGAGCCCAGUGAGCAGAGAGAUCACUGACAGCAGGGUGAAAACACAGGAAGAAUUAGAAGCUUUGUACCAGAAGAUCAUCACUUACAUCCUGCUGCGUUCCAGCAUGGGCUCACCUACAGAUGUCAACACUGUGCAAGAGGCCAAAGUUGCUCUGCAGAGCGUCUUCCCUCGAACUGAACUGGCAGCCUUCGUGGUGCUCUUGAAGAAGGACAAGGAGCAGCAGCUCAAUGAGCUCACCAUGAUUGUCACAGGAAUCCGACUCUUCAACAAAGCCAGCGAGAAGGAAAAAGAAGACACUGACCUCAACAACAUAAUUCCUGCGCUUCUUAAUGAAGCUCUUCCAGUCACCAGUGAAAGCAUAGAGAGUGAGCUGAGCGUAACACAGAGUCUAGCGUGGAAAUACACGGCUGUGCUGGAGAAACUAACAGACCCUGGCAGUCAGCCUGGAGAGUGUGACGUGCCCAUCGCCCUGAUCAGACAGGCUCUCUACAAUGUCAGGCAGCAUGAAGUUUUCCUCAAAAUGUUACUGGCUGAUGCAUGCUUAUGUGUCAAACAUGCUGGAAUCCUGCAGACUGAGCUCACAUCAGAGAUGAAGCUCCUGAAAGAAACCGUCAAGUCAAAGACAGCCGUACACACUGCACAAGUUUUUCCGCUAUUCAAAGUCCUGUCAAAGCUGUGGUGUGAUCUUCAGGAUGAGUUGGAGCUGCUCAACAUCCUCAAUAGCAUCGCGCUUAAUCUGCAGCCCUUUGUUGCUUCUCAGGCCAAAAUAUUUUCAGAAGCUUAUUUAGACCGCCUUCUGGAGACUUUAGAGGUGAAAACAGAUGAACAAAGAAUGACUGAAUCCUCAGGAGAGUGUAUCACUCCAGCUGAGAUGAAGACACAGGAGUGGCUCCUGUCUGAAACAGCAAGCAGCUUUAAUGAGCUGCCAUUACAAUAUAAUGGAGUCUGUGGCUAUACGCUUGUGAACAGAGAUGGGCUUCUGCUGCCAGGUAAUCCACAAAUUGGGGUCCUUAAACACAAAGAAAAGCUCUAUGCUUUUAGCUCCAAAGAAGCUGCCUUGAAAUUUGCCUCCAGUCCAGAUGACUUCAUUGCAGAUGUGGCAGAGAAAGCCCAUCUCUCCCCUGAACUCAUUCACCUCCUCAGACUCGACCGACACUUUUCCUCCGUCAGUCUAUACUCUGAGAUGCAACCUGGAGAAAGUUUACCGGUAAAGCCCGCCACCAUGUCUGAGAGCGGCACACAGACUGACAUCCACCCAGUGGAGACAAACAUUGUCAGGUCCUAUGAGUGGAAUGAGUGGGAGCUGCGAAGAAAAGCUAUCAAACUGGCUGAUCUCUGUACCAAAGUGACACACUCAGUGCAGACUGAUCUGAGCCACAUGAGGCGGGAAAAUGUCACACAGACCUGGUUACCCAAGAGUGCUGCCUCUCAAAGCAAGAAAGACGGUGAGAGCAACGUACCCAAACCUCACGUCUACCUGGCAGGUCUGAGAGGACAAAGAGACCGAGACAUGGUAAAAGUAAACCUGACCAGACCUGUUGAUGAAUAAUCAAAGAACCCAUUAGUUGUAGUGUAGAACAAAAGUUCAUGUAAGUAUGCUAUUAUUUUAUUUUAUUUUCUUUCUUUUGCUCCUGUAUUUACUUGAUGAGGACUGGAGGUGGAACAGAACUGUAUGUGCAAGGUAUUGCCCUAAGAGAUUUUUCUAACUGCUGUUUUAAGUGCAUGCACAUAAACAAGCUGUUUAGACAGGAAAAUAAAAAUAAUUCCUGACCUCUUGUGGUUGAAAGGAACACCUGUUCUCAGCCUUUAUAUUAACAUAUGCAGUCCAGGAAAAC